GGACACGGGACCUAGAACCAGAUGGUCCGGAGGCGAAACACGGGCUCGAGCAGCACCAGCAGGAGCAGUAAAGCCCCGCCGUGCCACAGGAACUGAUCCAGCCCCGGCGGGCAGCGCAGCUGGGGGCUGUACCCAGCACCAGAGACAGAGGCAGGGUUUGGAGCCCCCCACCCCAACGGCGGCAGCUUAAUCCUCUGCCGGGGGGGCCCCCUGCGCCGUCUUCUCCUCCCUGCAUCGCCCUUUGCUUUCAUGCAACGCCUGGUGGCCUGGGACGCAGCAUGCCUCCCCAUCCAGCCACCUGCCUUUAAAUCCAUGGAAGUGGCUAAUUUCUACUACGAGGCGGACUGUCUGGCUGCUCUGAACAAGCUGCACCCGCGGGCGGCCGGGGGCCGCUCCAUGACCGAGCUCACCGUAGGGGACCACGAGAGAGCCAUCGACUUCAGCCCCUACCUGGACCCCUUAGCAUCCCAGCAGCCGGCGCAGCCGCCUCCUCCCGCAGCAGCAGCAGGGGGCAACUUUGAGCCUGCCUGCAGCAGCGGCGGCGGCCAAGAUUUCCUUUCCGAUCUCUUCGCCGAGGACUAUAAAGGCAGCGGCGGCAGCAAGAAGCCCGACUACACCUACAUCAGCCUCGCCCGGCACAGCCACCCCUGCGCCAGCCAGAGCCACAAGCCGGGGGGACUGCCGGGCUGCUUCCCGCCCCAGAUCGUGGAAACCAAAGUGGAGCCGGUCUUCGAGACCCUGGACUCUUGCAAAGGGCCCCGCAAGGAAGAAGGGGGAGCCGGGCCGGGACCGGGGGGCAUGUCCUCCCCGUACGGCAGCACCGUGCGCUCCUACCUGGGUUACCAGUCGGUGCCGAGCGGCAGCAGCGGGAACCUGUCCACCUCGUCCUCCUCCAGCCCCCCCGGCACCCCCAACCCCUCCGAGUCCUCCAAGUCGGCCGCCGCCGGCGGGGGCUACUCCGCCCCCCCGGCGGGUAAGAACAAGCCCAAGAAGUGCGUGGACAAGCACAGCGACGAGUACAAGCUCCGCCGGGAGAGGAACAACAUCGCGGUGCGCAAGAGCCGCGACAAAGCCAAAAUGCGCAACCUGGAGACGCAGCACAAAGUCUUGGAACUGACGGCCGAGAACGAGCGGCUGCAGAAGAAGGUGGAGCAGCUCUCCCGGGAGCUGAGCACCCUCAGGAACUUGUUCAAACAGCUGCCCGAGCCCCUGCUCGCCUCCUCGCCGCGCUGCUGACCCCCGCGGCGGGCCGCGGCCGGGGCCGGGCCGGGCCGAGCGGCGCCGCCGCCGCCGGCUCCCUGCUCCCGGGCCGGGGAGAGGGCAGAGCCCGGGGGGCGGAUUGGUUUGGUGUUCGGUUUGUUUUUUGUUUUGUUUUGUUCGUGGUCUUUAUUUUCGUGCUGGCGGAAGGCCCCGGCAGGGCGCGGGCCGGCGGCGGGGCCGGGGCGGCGGCGGCGGCGGCGGCGCGGGGCCCCGGCCCGGGCGGGCUCCGCAGGCUGCCGGGCGCUGGGGUUAUUUAAAACGGCGAGAGGAGAGCAAGGGCAGACUGAUGCAAUCCUUUAAGCAUGGCUGGGAAUGCUGUGUACAUGAUGCAAUCUCGUGUAACUGUCAGUCAUGAAUUGAGUAAUCUGUUAAAGAUGUUCCUACAUUUUUUUUAUUAUAAAGAAUAAUCUAUUUCUAUAAGAAAAUACAUAUGUAUAUUUUGGGAUCUAUGCAUUCUUGCUACAUUUGAAGCAUUAAUGAACAAUUUUAAUAAACUUUAUGACUAGGUUAAAAAA